CCUCGUGGCUUUCUUCUUCCCCACAUCGUAUCUAGCUCAGAAGAUUGCCAGAGAACCAAAAGACGCGUGUGUUUUGAGACUAAAGAAUCCAAGAAGAGAAAAAGCCCAUCCGUGACCACAAUAAAGAUGGCAACAUGGGCUUAGCGCUGGGACUGGAUUGGUGUUACGUCGAGCGGCGUGCUGCAGACCGGCUCUGGCGGCUCUGGGUAGGUUGUACCUCUGCUGGGUGCAGAACGCAGACUACGGGUGGACGCGGCUGAGGUGACUGCGGCUCCUUCCUGAGAGCUUCGGGGUCUCGGGCCUGCCUUUCCUGCCUUCCCUUGUUUGGAUCCAGAGUCGGACUGCCUUUUCAUUCUUUUUGUCCAUAUAUGUACCAGAAUCACUGCUGCUUAGCUUGAGCCUAGUAAAUUGACUUUGCAAAUGAGACGUUUACAUUACACCUGCCACGAAGUAUGAUUUGAAUGAAUUUUGACUUACAAAAUUUUUUAGACUUACUUCACCUAAGUUAUCAGAUAUCUGCAGUUAUUCAUAAUCUAAGGUGGUGCAUGCCUCAAAGGGUAGGGAUAAGAGCUGAUGAUCCUACAGGCUCUGAGCGUCCACUUACUAUAUAAUCAUACAUAUGAAAUCAUCACUUGCUGGCAGCCCCAAAGAACAUAAACCAGGGACUUUGCUGUCAUGCAGCAGAAGACCAAAUUAUUUCUCCAAGCUUUGAAGUAUAGUAUUCCUCACCUUGGGAAAUUCAUGCAGAAACAGAAUCACUGUAACUUCGCUGAUCAUUAUUACAAUAGAAUAAAAUUGAAAAAAUGUCACCUAACCGAGUGUCUGCAGAAUAAACCCAAGAUAUCAGAGUUAGCAAGAAACAUCCCAAGUCGGAGCUUCUCCUAUAAGACUCUUCUGCCUGUUAAGCCAGAAAACGAAAAGUCCCUUUCAGAAAACAUGGAUGCAUUUGAAAAAGUGAGAACAAAAUUAGAAACUCAACCACAAGAAGAAUAUGAAAUCAUCAACGCUGAGAUUAAGCAUGGUGGUUUCGUUUACUAUCAAGAGGGUUGCUGCUUGGUUCGUUCCAAAGAUGAAGAAGCAGACAAUGAGAAUUAUGAAGUUCUGUACAACUUGGAGGAGCUUAAACUAGAGCAGCCCUUCAUUGACUGCAUCAGAGUUGCUCCAGAUGAGAAGUACGUGGCUGCCAAGAUAAGGACUGAGGACUCUGAAGCAUCUACCUGCAUAGUUGUAAAGCUCAGUGAUCAACCUGUAAUGGAAGCUUCUUUCCCAAACGUGUCCAGUUUUGAAUGGGUGAAGGAUGAAGAAGAUGAAGAUGUUUUAUUCUACACCUUCCAAAGGAACCUUCGCUGUCAUGAUGUGUAUCGAGCCACGUUUGGUGAUAACAAACGGAAUGAACGUUUUUACACAGAAAAAGACCCGAGCUACUUUGUUUUCUUGUAUCUUACAAAAGAUAGUCGUUUCCUCACCAUAAAUAUUAUGAACAAGACAACUUCUGAGGUAUGGUUGAUAGAUGGCCUGAGCCCUUGGGAUCCACCAGUACUAAUUCAGAAGAGAAUACAUGGAGUCUUGUACUAUGUUGAGCACCGAGAUGAUGAAUUAUACAUUCUCACCAAUGUUGGAGAACCUACAGAAUUCAAGCUGAUGAGAACAGCGGCUGAUACCCCUGCUAUUAUGAAUUGGGAUUUAUUUUUCACAAUGAAGAGAAAUACAAAAGUUGUAGACUUGGACAUGUUUAAGGAUCACUGUGUUCUGUUCCUGAAGCACAGCAAUCUCCUUUAUGUUAACGUGAUUGGUCUGGCUGAUGAUUCUGUUCGGUCUCUAAAGCUCCCUCCUUGGGCCUGUGGAUUCAUAAUGGAUACAAAUUCUGACCCAAAGAACUGCCCCUUUCAGCUUUGCUCUCCAAUAAGACCUCCAAAAUAUUACACUUACAAAUUUGCAGAAGGCAAACUGUUUGAGGAAACUGGACAUGAAGACCCAAUUACAAAGACCAGUCGUGUUUUACGCAUAGAAGCCAAAAGCAAGGAUGGAAAAUUAGUGCCAAUGACUAUUUUUCACAAAACGGAUUCUGAGGACUUACAGAAGAAACCUCUCUUGGUACAUGUCUAUGGAGCUUACGGAAUGGAUUUGAAAAUGAAUUUCAGACCUGAGAGGCGGGUCAUGGUAGAUGAUGGAUGGAUAUUAGCAUACUGUCAUGUGAGGGGUGGUGGUGAGUUGGGCCUCCAAUGGCAUGCUGAUGGCCGCCUAACUAAAAAACUCAAUGGCCUUGCUGACUUAGAGGCUUGCAUUAAGACGCUUCAUGGCCAAGGCUUUUCUCAGCCAAGUCUAACAACUCUGACUGCUUUCAGUGCUGGAGGGGUGCUUGUGGGAGCGUUGUGCAAUUCUAAUCCAGAGCUCCUGAAAGCUGUGACUCUGGAGGCACCUUUCUUGGAUGUUCUCAACACCAUGGUGGAUACUACACUUCCUCUGACACUAGAAGAAAUUGAAGAAUGGGGCAAUCCUUCAUCUGAUGAAAAACAUAAGAACUACAUAAAACGCUACUGUCCCUACCAAAAUAUUAAGCCUCAGCAUUAUCCUUCAAUUCAUAUCACAGCCUAUGAAAAUGACGAACGAGUACCUCUGAAAGGCAUUGUAAACUAUACUGAGAAACUCAAGGAAGCUGUUGAAGAACAUACUAAGGAAGCAGGUGAAGGUUAUCAGGCCCCCAACAUUAUUUUAGAUAUUCAGCCUGGAGGGAAUCAUGUGAUUGAAGAUUCUCACAAAAAGAUUACAGCCCAACUUAAAUUCCUGUAUGACGAGCUUGGACUUGACAGCACCAGUGCUUUCGAGGCUCUUAAGAAGUACCUAAAAUUCUGAAAUGCUACAUUCAGCUUGGAACCAGAAACAUAGAAAUAUUGGUCUUAUUUCCAGUUGGGUUA